AUGGCCGGUGUCAAAGACAGCUUUCUCGACCUGGAGAGGCAUCGGCUUCAGCUGGAAGACAACAUCAAGCAACUACGCAAGGCCCUCCAGCACUGGCAAACGUGGGACGCCGAGUACGAAGCCCUCAAGGAAGAGGUUGACGCCGCCCCGGAAAGCCCCGACAGCGAGGCGCCAGAGUUGCAUCGGAUUCACAGCGAGUACGAGGGCGAGCUCCUCCGUGGCAAGGAGCUAGACGACGUGUUCGGACCCCGAGGCUCGCGCUCCAGGGAGCACAUUGUCAACCUUUUGCAACGGCGGAUAGACUAUGUUACCAAAAACGUCGAGAGCUUGCAGAAGCAACUCGAGGCGGUGGAAAACAGGUAUGCCGCCGCCACCGUCAUCAGUCAGCCCGACGCCACGGACGAAGACAGCGAGCCCUUUACCGAAAUCAUCGAGAACUUGGACCAAGACGACAAUGUUGUCUCGUACCGCUUGAACCGGCCAGGUGAUUCGGUGCCCCAUGUCCGGGAGGCGCUGGCCAAGGCAGGUGUUGAGGAACUUCCGGAUGCGGAUACAAGCAACGCGACCACACCCGCUCCCCCACCUAAUAUGUCGCGAAAAGCCAAGCGCAUCGAACGCAUCAUGAAGACGGCAAGGGAACAGGAAAGCAUCAGCCAACAGGAACCGGUGAUACCGGAAGAUGAGGAACCGGAAGACGCCGCGCUGCGGCAGCAAAUGCUCAAGUACAGCAUGGGCGAAGUUGGCUCAGUGGUUGCUGAGCUCCAACUUGAAGGGGGCGAUACUGACGAUGGCGAAGACUUCGAUUACGGCCAUGACGAUAUUGACGACGAAAGCGACCAAGACGACAAUGAUGAUGAUGGGGAGGAUCGGUUCGGGCGGUCAACGAGCCGCUUGGUCACUGAUGAGUAUCGGCAACGCAUGCUUGAACUGGAGAAAAGGCUCGGCAUAACGUCGCGCUUCACCCAGGAUGCUGACAAUGAGGAUGCGGACUCCGACGCCGAAGACGAAGGCAUUGGCCGCAUAGUCGUCAAGCAUGGCCGAGAAACGCCAUCUUCCGCGUCAAAGCCCCAGCCCACGAAGUCGAGCAUCAAGGAUGGGCAGGGUGAUGUCGAUGCGAAAAAGGGCGUGCGGUUUGCUCAGGCGCUGGACGUUGCCCCAGACAAUGAGCCUACCGUGCCUCCCAUGAGCGAGAGAGAAGAGCCCCCCGUUGAACCGCUCGGCGAUAUUGUUGAGCGGUCAGGCCCUGCCAGUGCUUCUGGACCCGCCACUGAGCCCAGGGCGCCUCGGAGAACAUCGCGAUUCGCGAAAGCCAGACAUGAGACUGCUUCAAGUGGAGACAUCCCCAAGGGCCCCUUUGAUGUCCCUCGCCGGUUCGCUGACCAGGGAGAACCGGAGCCACCGGCAUCGGGCCCCGAGGGGACAACCUUGGCGGAUCGACUCGUCGAGAGGGAACCCAGGCCCAAUCCUCCACCGCCCGGUGAGCUUGACGAUUCUCUGGAUCACGACGCUGUGGCCGGUGAAUACCAGGCACUGCGCAAAAAGUUCAUCCAACGUCAAGGUGGGUUCUUGCAGGAAGACGAGUCGCCCAUCCAGGUGUUGGACGAGGCCGAGAAUGCGUCUGAACCCGUCAGUCGAUUCAAGGCCGCCCGGCUGUCCCGCCAGUAG